AUGGUGCUGUCGUCAUUUGUCGAAGUCCAUCCGGAUUCUCAUUUCCCCAUUCAGAACCUUCCGUACGGCGUUUUCAAGCCCGAACCCAGUUCGGAGCCCAGGCCUGGAGUUGCAAUUGGAGAAUAUGUAUUGGACCUAUCUGUUGUCGCCUCCGCCGGUCUUUUCGACGGCCCGGUUCUUAAAAACUCCGAUUGUUUCAAUCAGCUUAAUCUUAACAAGUUCGUGGGAUUGGGACGACCUGCAUGGAAGGAAGCUCGCGUAACAUUGCAAAAGCUAUUGUCAGCCACAGAACCGACACUGCGUGAUAACUCAAGUUUAAGGCAGAAAGCGCUUGUGCCUAUGGUCAAGGUCCAAAUGCUUCUUCCCGUUGUGAUAGGUGACUAUACAGAUUUCUUUGCUUCAAUGCAUCACGCCAAGAACUGUGGACUUAUAUUUCGAGGCCCAGAAAAUCCAAUCAACCCAAAUUGGUUCCACAUUCCUAUUGCUUACCACGGUCGUGCAUCAUCUAUUGUCAUAUCCGGCACUGAUAUCAUUAGACCAAGAGGACAAGGUCACCCAGCUGGAACUUCUCCACCCUAUUUUGGACCUUCUCGUAAGUUGGACUUUGAGAUGGAAAUGGCUGCUGUAGUUGGCCCUGGAAAUGAAUUGGGGAAGCCUGUGGAUGUUAAUGAGGCUGCAGAUCAUAUCUUUGGACUUGUUUUGAUGAAUGACUGGAGUGCAAGAGACAUUCAGGCAUGGGAAUAUGUGCCUCUUGGUCCUUUUCUUGGCAAAAGUUUUGGUACGACUAUAUCCCCAUGGAUUGUGACUUUAGAUGCUCUCGAACCAUUUGCUUCUGAUGCUCCAAAGAAGAAUCCUCCACCCUUGCCAUAUCUUGCCGAGAAGAUAUCCAAAAACUAUGACAUCUCCUUGCAGGUAUCUGUUAAACCUGCUGGUGAAGAAGAUACAUGCAUUGUCACAAGAAGCAACUUCAAGCACUUAUAUUGGACAAUCACUCAGCAACUCGCACACCAUACCAUCAAUGGUUGCAACUUAAGGCCUGGUGACCUCCUUGGUACUGGGACCAUCAGUGGACCUGAACCAGAAUCCUAUGGAUGCUUGUUAGAGUUAACCUGGAAUGGACAAAAACCUUUAUCUUUAGGUGGAUCAACUCGCAAAUUUCUGGAAGAUGGAGACGAAGUCAUUUUUACAGGCUGUUGCAAGGGGGAAGGUUACCUUGUUGGCUUUGGAACCUGCUCGGGAAAGAUUCUCCCAACACCAUCUUAA